AUGCCGUCCGCAGUCACAGAAACCUCAUCCAAAAGUCCCAUAUCCAACGCAUUGGGUGGACGCAUAGUGUUGACUACAUAUCCCGGUCAAAGCGUGGUAGACCCGGUUCCUCUUACAUGGGGAGCUGAGUCUGCUGAGAAACGAGGGCCCAUCCUCGUAGCUCGUGGAGCUGAGACACUUGGUAAGCGGAACGCCAUUGGCGCACAUGGAGGGCAGUAUUGUGUCUACACUGCUCUUGCCGUCGCUUCUGGGGACUUGCCACCCGAUUUCCGCCCAAGCUUCCACAACACUCAACCGACAUUCGACUUCCCUCCUCAGCCCUCUUGGUUCAGUGCCAAACAGAUCGUGUCAAUGGAUCCCUUUGGACAUGACAUCGUAAAGUACUACCAGAAAUAUCUCGACGAGGGCAUCGAUGUUCGACCCACCAUUGCCAUCACACGAGCAACGAUGCGUGUCGGUGAGAUCGCGGACGCUGUUCGAGAUGGAGAGAUUCCCGUCGAUGGAGACAUCGUCAUUGACAAGGCUGGCAAUGUGCGAGUCACGAAGGUCGCGGUCGAGCCAGUCUGGUAUCUGCCGGGCGUUGCCGAACGAUUUGGUGUCGACGAGGAUACUCUUCGACGUAGUUUGUUCGAGUACAUGGGAGGUAGCUAUCCGGAACUGAUCACGCGUAAAGAUCUCAAGGUCUUUCUACCACCAAUUGGAGGACUCACGGUUUACAUCUUCGGUCCACCAGAACGUGUAUCAGACGAGAAAGUCAAGCUGGCACUGCGAGUCCACGACGAAUGCAAUGGCAGCGACGUCUUCCAAUCAGACAUCUGUACGUGCAGACCGUACCUUGCAUUUGGUAUCCAAGAAGCCAUUCAGGAGGCGCAACAGGGAGGAAGCGGUGUCGUCAUCUACUUCCGCAAGGAAGGACGUGCUCUUGGAGAAGUGGUGAAGUACCUGGUAUAUAACUCGCGGAAACGAGGAGGUGACACUGCGGACAAGUAUUUCACACGAACAGAAAAUAUUGCCGGUGUUCGAGAUAUGCGUUUCCAAGCCCUCAUGCCUGAUAUUUUGCAGUGGCUCGGCAUAAAGAAGAUCGAUCGUAUGCUGUCUAUGUCGAAUAUGAAGCACGAUGCGAUCGUCGAGCAGGGUAUCCCCAUCUUGGAACGUGUUCCCAUCCCAGAUAAAAUGAUUCCAGAAGAUUCAAAAGUCGAGAUUGACGCCAAAAUCAACGCCGGCUACUUCACGACCGGCAAGAAGUUUACGGAUGAGGACCUGAAACAGGUCAAGGGUCGUGGAUGGGAGCAGUGGGAAGAUGUUUCGCGGCGCAUGGGGAACUGGUUAUGA